AUGGAUUCAGAUUCUUCAAUAUUUGAUGACACAAUAUCUGAUAUACAUCUCUUACAAUUAUCACAUUCAAAUAUAUUAAUUUUUAAUUUUUCAUCAUCAUCAUCAUCAAUAACAUUUCAAAAUGAUACAAUAACAGCAUCCUAUGAUUUUUAUCGACAUUUAACUGAAAUAAUUGUCUAUAAAUACAUAUGUUUAACUAUAUUUGUAAUUGGUGUUGUUGGAAAUUUACUUAGUGUAUUAGUAUUUAGUCGAGCAUCAUUACGACAUCGUUCAUGUGCAAUAUAUUUCUUAGCAUUAGCAAUAACUGACAUAGCAUCAUUAUUUGCUUCAUUUAUUGAUACAGUCCUUCCAUCAUAUAAUAAUGUUUCAUUAACAAUUAAAUAUUUAUUUAUAUGUAAAUUAAAUCCAUUAAUGGUUUAUUUUACAACAGAUCUCUCCAAUUUUUUAUUAGCUAUUGCGUCAAUUGAUUGA